AUGAUUUUUAAUGAUGAUGAAGUUGAUCGAUUUUCGAAGGAUGAAAACAUCAAAUGUACGUUAUGUAUUGAAUCAGAUAUUGAAAAAAUUGCAACACUCAUUUGCAAGGCAGAGAAAAAAUUUCUCUGCAAUGAGUGUGGAAACAACCAUAAGCUCGACGAAUCCACAAAACAUCAUAAGAUAGCAAGACUUCAAGAUGACAAAAUGAUUUGCGACCUUUGUCUAGACUCCUCAAUCCCUGGUUAUGGCUUUUGCCUAGAUUGCGAACAUCCUGAAGUUCUUUGCCUACCCUGCUCUAAGAGACAUUGUUCAAACGAAGAAUUUGCAAAUCAUGAAAUAUGUAAUGAUUUGAAUUUGAUGACAACAUGCGAAAGAUCUAAAGAUAUUUCUGAAGACAUUAAUGAUAAGCAAAUAGAAGCAAACUUAACAAGUUCACCUAAGAGAACGAUAUUUGCAAAGGAAAUAUGCUUCCAAUGCCAUGAAGAAGAACACUUUGUCAAGUAUAUAUGCAAUUCAUGCAAGAUGAGACUGUGCACCGACUGCUUCUCUGCACACCAAUCUGAAGACCAUAAUGUAAUACCAAUUGAAGACUUUUUGGGUAACAAGUUUCAAUGUCUUACUUGCAAUUUGAAUGCCUCCUUUCACUGUCAGUCCUGCAAUUCGGACUACUGUGAUGAUUGUCGAGUAGAUCAUCAGGCAAAUGGGUUACUGGAUCAUGAGUGGAUUGAUAUUUUAUCCCAUGCAUUAAUAAUUAAGGAUAUGCAUGUACCUGUAUGCAGCAGAUGUGUAGAUGAAAAUGAAGCACGUUUUCCUGCAACUGCUUAUUGCCUUUUAUGUAGUUCUGAGUCACCUCUAUGUGACAAAUGUUCUAAAGAGCAUCUGCUUCAAUUUCAAAACCACAUUCUGUGUUAUGACAUUGAAAGUUUAAUGAAUGAAAAGAGAGUUAACAAAGUGCAAGAAGUAAGUUCACCUAAAGAUAAAGCACUUAAAUGCACAACUUGUGCAAUCGAUAACAAGAAUAAUGAUGCAACAAGUUUUUGCUUGAAAUGUCAAGAUCCAGAACCAAUGUGUGACAGAUGUGCCAGGCGACACAUUCGAAAACGUAAACGCAAAAAUCAAGACCAUGAAAUUUGUCGAGAUUUACACAAAUUUGGUACUCAAGAGCUUAUAAAAUAUAUUCCAUGCGAACCAUGCGAGUUUGAAAGCACAGAAAAUGCUGCUACACACUUUUGCCUAAAUUGUAAGGAACCUGAGCCAAUGUGUCAUGUAUGUGCAAACCAACACAUUAAGCAAAGAGCAGGACGAGGCCAUCGCUUAAGUGAUACCAUUUCCAACAUGCCAGGAUACGAAAAAAAAGUUAUUCUUAAACAUGCUGAAAGGUAA